GGCAAGUGGGGGAAUAACGCGUUUCGGCUUCUACCUGCGCCGUGGUUGGGUUUAGGGCUCAGGUACGCUGGAGCAAGGUUGUGUUUAGUUUUAGCAUCAGAUAGCUGGUUGGGUCCAGGUCUAGGGAAGAGGAGACGGGACGGGAACCAGACGACACAACAGCGGCUCCGACUUGACUCUCCUCGAGAGACACAGAUGACAUCACCCGCUCUACGGUACAAACAUCAUGCUUCCCCGGGCGGGUAAAGAGUUUCUGGUCCGGAUACGGUUAUCCUGGAGGCCACUUUUCCAGGGCCGGUACCUGCUGCUCACCAACACCCUGAGUGGAGGAGUCAUGCUGGCGCUGGGAGACUCCCUGCAGCAGAGCUGGGAGAACCACAAGGAUCCAGGCAGAGUCCGAGACUGGAGGAGGACAGGGCGCAUGUUUAUAGCGGGCUGCUCCAUGGGUCCCUUGCUGCACUACUGGUACGGCUGGCUGGACAAAGUGUACGUGGGCAGAGCUUUGAACACUGUGGGCAAGAAGGUUCUGGCGGACCAGCUUAUCGCCUCACCAACAAUCGGCUUGUGUUAUUUUUUAGGUAUGGGUGUCAUGGAGGGACACACUUUAUCUGAAGGAUGGGAAGAGUUUAAAGACAAGUUCUGGGAAUUUUAUAAGGCGGACUGGUGUGUUUGGCCGCCCGCUCAGAUGAUCAACUUCUACUUUCUUUCACCCAAAUUCCGGGUCGUGUACAUCAACUUUAUCACCUUAGGGUGGGACACCUACCUUGCCUACCUUAAACACAGAGAUGGCAGCCACCCCACUGUGGUGGUAUCAGACAUCAGUGCUGUUGAUGUGCAGAAGGAAGCACUCCCACCCUCCAAACCUCUGGAGGAGAAAGCUUAGACGUUGUUCAUGCUCAACUGUGAAGUCGUUCAUCGGAGGCAAAAGAAUAUUUUGCUGUUUUUAUCUGCUCAACUUCGUUUCCACUUUAAAAUGUUGUUUGUGUUUUUCGAAUAUUCCUUUUCCUUUGACAGACCACUCCCCUCUCAAUUUUAAACCGACCACAUGCCUCUGAUUGACUGACUGACUGUCUGAGUAGUUGCGGAUGUUUAAGUGCUGAAACACUUCCUUCAUGUAUUUAGAGUUUUAAUGUGUCUCUGUCCAGUUUGUUUAUUUUGUUUAUUUAUUUAUGUCUGAGUUUAUGUCUCCUGUAGGAGCAUUCAGGGAUGAAAAGCUGGUUUACUGCCUGUCAUGCUAAUUACCUCUGAUGGUAGUGGUUGUCUUUUAAUGGAAGCAGAACACGUCAUUCAUCAAGGCCCUUAACUGACAAUUCAUUUCCAAAACGUCUAGACAAGUGUCAUCUUUGUUGUUACACCCAAACAUUUAAACUGUCCCAAAGUGUAACAGAGUGGCAUUCCUUUUAUUUCUGUGCCAUUUUAUCUUUCUGGUUUCACACGAAACAUUUUCUUAUAACAUCUGCUGUUUUUUGUUUUUUUUAUUAAAAUGAUAUUAACCUGCAAAAAAUUUGCCUUAAUAUGUAGAUGUGUGCUACGCUCUGUUAUCAUGCCAAAUAAUCUCUCCCUUUUAUGCACCUAUAAAAAUAAUUGCAUGAUUCUGAUUUUUAAAUACAAGAUCUUUUAUAUUUUUAUCAUAUCAAACUGCAUCGCCAACUGUUUGUGUAAAGUUAAUUCCUGAUAGACUAAUUUAUUUCCCAACUGUGCAGUAGUUUUAUACCAGUGACUCGAAUUCUGAGUUGAUGUACUGUACGGAAGCCCUAAGAGGCAAGUGAGGGAGAAAAAAAUCUGGUGAUCUAUUUAUUUAUAUAUAUAUAUAUAUAUAUAUAAUUAGUCUUCACCUGUUUUCCCCCUGUUCUUAAGUCACAAACACAGGAGAGAGAGAAAACACUUCAGAUUAGACUUUUUUUUGUCUCUCCCGCCUCACAAGAACUACUGCAGCAGCUAAUUUGUGAAUGAAGUACAGCAUGAAUGGUUGACAUAAAAAAAAAAUAUCUAGAGCAAUAUAUGUAAUUAAACUAUAUAUUUUGUUGACAUCUUUGGUGCUGCUACUGUGAUACCUGAUUUACCAUAAUUAUCAAAAUAUAUAAUUUGCAUACUAAUGUGUGUAAAGAACUAUAAAAGGGUUCUGGAUGCUGAUAAAUUGUAUUUUAUUGUUUCUAUUGUUGAGUUUUAGUAUCAGUGUAAUUUAAAAAGACAUGGUAAGAAUGUUUGAACAAGCAGAGAAUAAAUACAUUAUUGUGUGCUCUUCAUCUUCUAAAUCACAUUUAUGUACAUUUCAGAAAGUGUUCUUUUAUGCUGAUGUGCUUAUUUGUAUAAUUAUUUUUUAAGAGGUUCCGCACUUUAUUGCUCUUUGGGGCAUUUCCUUAAAUGUAUGUAACUUUCUAGCAAUAACAUUUAUUGGUCUACGUUCUUUACAUUAAACAGGAAAGAUUGAGACCAAAAACAUGUUAACAUAACUCUGAGUAUUUGUCAGUGCAAUACAAGAAAAAACACAUUUUGUAUUGUUUGAAAUAAUGAUUCAAUAUUAUUAUACAAACAGUAAGAACGCACUAAGUGUAAGCUUGAUGAGUUUAUUUGUCUAGCACUUUAUAAGAAUAAGGCAAUUCAACCUUAUAUAGUCAUUAUACUUGCGUACAGUGAAAUGUAGUCUUGUCAUUCCAAGUUUCAACCUGCUAAACAUACAAGAUUACAUCAAAUAACUAAAAGUUAUGUGCACAAUUCUGCACAGUGAUUUUAAGUGGACACCAUUUUAUACAGGUUAAACAUACAGUAUGAGCAAAAUGAGCUAGUAUAAAGAUGUAUCUUCAAGAAAUAAUAUAAAAUUAAUUACAUUACCCAUUACAAACUUCUUAAGUUUGCUUUGAGUUUAGGUUUCAUACUGUGUUAAAUGUGUUUUAAAAUAUGGACUCACCUGCUCAUGUCCUCCAAAAGGCUGUCAACAAUAGCAACCUCUGAGUUUAAAAGUAGAAGAAUAUAUUGUAGAAUGUGUUGUAAGGACCAAACAUUGGUUAUUGUGAGUGUGAUGAACACUAUAAUUGUCACAAUCCUGUCCUGUGUUUCUCUGUGUAGCCUUGCUUAUUAUUUUAUUCAUCCGCAUGUCUUAGUUUACUUAGUAUUAGUGUUUUCAUGGGUUUGGUUUGGUUUUGAUUUCUACAAGCUUUAUUUGAUCCUGUCAUGUUUAGUGUUUUGUUCAUUCGCAUUUUAGGUUUACUUAGGAUCUGUCUUGUCCCUUAUCGUUGUUCUUAGUCCUGCGUUUUAGCUUUUUGCCUCAGUUCUUAGUUCUGUGUCUUAGUUCAUGACUUAGUGUUUACUCCUGGUCUGUGUACUUCAAUGUUUGUUGUUAUUUUGCCCAUGUCUGCUCUGUGUCCUGUUCUUAGUUCAGUCUGUUUUCCCUGUCACGUUUGUAGUCUAUCUGUAUGAUUAAAUUUAGUCUGUUCUGUGUUUUA